AUGGAAUCAUCCUUACUUCUCAGUGUUCUCCUGCUUUUCUUUGCAAUUCAUUUUAGCAGAGGAUUGGACUGUCCAGUUGGCUACCACUUUGAUGAGAAUAUUAAAACCUGCGUUUCUGAGGUCACCACUGACUGUAUCAACCACAAAAUCAAAAAGUGUCCAAUAACUACAGCUGUGAAUGAGUACUGCCUUUGUAAGGACAAGUACCUUCAAAUAUGGAAAUGUCCCGAAGGAACCUACUUCGAUGCCAAUCAGUUGGCUUGCAGGAUUGGAACGGUGGAGUGCCAGGAGGAGUAUGAGCCAUUCAAAUGUCCAGAUGCCACUUCAAAUCGUUUGCACACAUUUGAGAAGAACAGUUACCAGUAUCGAUUGGAUGAAAAUAAUAAAUCAUGUCCAGAUGGUUACUACUUUAAUGAAACAAUCAAAACCUGCGUUUCUACAAACAUCACCAACUGUACCAACCUUGAAGUCGCCAAAUGCCCAAUAACUACAGCUGUGGAUGAGUACUGUAUGUGCAAGAAUAUGUAUAUUCAGAUCUGGAACUGUCCAGAAGGAACGUACUUCGAUGCCAACAGGUUGAUAUGUAGGAUUGGAACAGUGGAGUGUCAGGAGGAGUACGAGCCAUUUGCAUGUCCCAAUGAAACUUCAACCGAUGUCUUUUGCCUUUGCAUCGAUGGUGAAUUCCAUUCCAAUAACUGCCCUAAUGGAUAUACCUUUAAUACCGAGCAAAAGCUUUGUCUGAAAUCUGGUUCUGAAUUACCCGACUCGGAGUCCUCAUCUGAAAAGUGUCAGAGAUAUGGUCUAUUCGGGGAUCCCACCGACUGCACUGGAUAUUAUCAUUGCCGCGAAAAGGGCAGUGAAAUUCAGUAUUCCAGAUGUUCUGGAGGAACUAUCUUUAGUCUUACCUCUUUUGGAUGCGUUACGGGAUCCUGUUAA